CUAAUCUCUAUAAAAUGAAAAGGAAAAAUGGGGAGGACAUUAACCCAUUACUCAGGGGAGUGGGGAGACAGCAGAAAUCGUUGAUGGAUACAGAGGAAAAUGUCUUUCUCAGACCACCUUCUCUGGUUUGCAGUGACUUUAGAUUUCGGUUGUGGAACUUGUUGAAAGAAUUUGAUUUUCUUGAUUCAGUCAGAGUUCAAAAACCAGAAAUAAAAAUUCUCAGGAACAGAGGGGAAAUAAAGAUAAAAACAGCACGUGAGCUGUUCCUCCUCUUUUCUCUCCCUUUAAGUAAAACGGUCUUGACUCUCCAACGGGUCGAGAGAGAAAGUUUGAGUUUUCAUGGAUGUUAUGGAGAGGUUAGAGAUGGCUUUAAAAUGUAGAUGUCUCAGUCAGUUUUCUUCGUGGCUGAAGAGGCUAGCCCUUUCCAUAAAAUGAGUCCAUCUGUCGACUGUUAGCUAUUUCAAAGUGAAGGGAUUUAGCACUCAAAACAAAUUGAGCAAGUUUGUUUGCCUGUUUUUACUGCUAACUCGAAUGAAUUCAAAACACGGAGUAAUUCAAGAAAACACAUAACACGUUCUAGACAGCCCCCAAAUGCAGGGAAAGCCCAGAACCUAUAGGGUGACCUGGGUUAUUUUAAACGCCAAGCUUUUUAAAGAUGUAUGUAUUUCACACAUGCUCUCCCAACAAGUCAUUUAUUUCCCUAGAACUGAGAGAAUUGGUAUCCUGAUUGAGGAAGAGCAAUACAACUUUUAGAAGGAACUUUAUUCUCUAUUGAGGACAAAAGGGGAGGGCUUUUUCAUGGCGCGCCUGGGCGAAUUUUGUUCCUAUGCAGAAAUUAAUAUUGAUGGGAAAACCAAACCGGAACCUAUGACUGCUUUCCGACGCUUUCCAAAAACAUACGUUAACAGGACGCCCUUGAAAUUGAAAACAAACUUUGUCUAGUAUGCCUGGCAGAAGCCUUCACACCUGGUCUUCCAGACGAAUCAUAUUUAUAGUCCUUACACCCAAAGGCAGGACGAAGCAAAAACACCCUGCUAGCUACCAAAAUACACGCCUUGCUCCAGUCAAGAAAUCGGAAAAUCAGGGCUUAGAAGUAAGACACACUUUCCGAAUGAAAAUGACUCCUCUAACUUCACGUGUUCUUCGAUUUUUAAGAGCAAAUGUGAAUUUGAGAGUAGCUUCCCCUCCCACCCCCACCACCAUGCCUUGCAAUUUAAUACCAUGCUCGCCAGGAACCUUAACCUCGUCAUUUUAAAAAAUGAGAUAUCCGUGACCCGGGGUGAACUUGUUGAGUGUAGGUACAGCAGAGGAAAUUCUAGACUCUAUGAACGCCCGAACCUCGUCCAGAGCAAUCCUUUCGUGUACUCUGGUCAGUGCGCGACCGUGCCCACCUGCGCGCGGACAGCGGGUGCCGCGUGCUUGGUCCACCCGCCUUGACCUCGGGCGUGGUGUCCCGGCCGGCGGUGCUGGGCCAAGUCUCUGGGCCUUCCCCGGCUGACUAGUCUCGGUUGUCGCCUUCCCAGCCCUCUUCCCCACCAUCCCCCCUCCCCGCUGGCCCCACUUUUCCAGAUUACUCCUCAGCCAUCCUCUCUCACCCCCACUCCGCCUACUUUCUCUCCAGCCUCCAGUGCGUCCCUCACAUCACCACCACCCCCACUCCGCAAUCUCUCGUUUCUGUGAACUCGUCUCUCAACCCUGCAGGCCUGAAAGAAGGUCACAUACAGGCACUCUCGUACUCACACCCUACAUGCCUCGCCCCAAACAAAACCCAUGCACACAGUCCUUUGUUCCAUUUCUUGGGCCACCUUCCCUGGCCCUUCCUCCUUCUCCGUCCUGGUUUGCUCCCCAAGAGUACGUUUCUGUCUCCCGGACGCUCCGGGCUCCUCCCCACCCCCACCCCACCUCUGAUUUAUUAGAGCUCCCGGUUCGGCGCAGAUUCCUCGUUCUGCUCCAUCCCACCCUCCCCUCCUAUCCUCCCAUCCACAGUGGGAGUGCUUGCGCCUGCUGCUCUUCUGCUCCAGUCUCAGCGCCCUGCCCGGUCCCCUAAACCCUCUUUCGCUCUCCGGGCUCUUCCUCCGGCUCCCGAGUCUCCGGCCUGCCGGCCUCACCUCCCUGCCCUGCCUCGCUUCUCGUCGCCCCUGCUCGCUCCCCCCGCGCUCGCCCGAACGCUGUGCUCGCUCCUUGAACGCCCGCCGCGCAGCCGGGCUCGGCCGCCCGCCCGCCCGCCACUGUGCAGUGGAGUUUGGUGGAAUCUCUGCUGACGUCACGUCACUCCCCACACGGAGACCGAGCUGAGGGAAGAGAGAGGGAUGAGAGCGAGGGAGGGGAGAGAGAGUGCGAGACCGAGCGAGAAAGCUGGAGAGGAGCAGAAAGAAACUGCCAGUGACGGCUAGGUUCCGGCGGCCGCCGCGCACCCGUGGACUCCCUCGGAACUUGGCACCCUCGGGAGCCCCGCAGUCCUCUCGGGCUUGGCUUUCCGGCGCUUGCGGUGCAGCCUGCGCCUCGGAUCGCUGGAAGUCUCCCCGGGAAGCGGUGGGACGCGGAGACAGCAGCUCUCUCCCGGUAGCCGACAACGGGGAAUGGAGACCAACUGCCGCAAACUAGUGUCGGCGUGUGUGCAAUUAGGCGUGCAGCCGGCGGCCGUUGAAUGCCUCUUCUCCAAAGACUCCGAAAUCAAAAAGGUCGAGUUCACAGACUCUCCCGAGAGCCGGAAAGAGGCGGCCAGCAGCAAGCUCUUCCCGCGGCAGCAUCCCGGCGCCACUGAAAAAGAUAAGAGCCAGCAGGGAAAGAAUGAGGACGUGGGCCCCGAAGACCCGUCCAAGAAGAAGCGGCAACGGCGCCAGCGCACUCACUUCACCAGCCAGCAGCUGCAGGAACUGGAGGCCACUUUCCAGAGGAACCGCUACCCGGACAUGUCCACGCGCGAAGAGAUCGCCGUGUGGACCAACCUUACGGAAGCCCGAGUCCGGGUUUGGUUCAAGAAUCGCCGGGCCAAAUGGAGAAAGCGGGAGCGCAACCAGCAGGCUGAGCUGUGCAAGAAUGGCUUUGGGCCGCAGUUCAACGGGCUUAUGCAGCCCUAUGACGACAUGUACCCGGGCUAUUCCUACAACAACUGGGCUGCCAAGGGUCUCACGUCAGCCUCCCUGUCCACCAAGAGCUUCCCUUUCUUCAACUCUAUGAACGUCAACCCUCUGUCGUCGCAGAGCAUGUUCUCCCCGCCCAAUUCCAUCUCCUCCAUGAGCAUGUCGUCCAGCAUGGUGCCCUCAGCCGUGACCGGCGUCCCGGGCUCCAGCCUCAACAGCCUGAAUAACUUGAACAACCUGAGCAGCCCGUCGCUGAAUUCCGCGGUGCCGACGCCCGCCUGUCCUUACGCGCCGCCGACUCCUCCGUACGUUUACAGGGACACGUGUAACUCGAGCCUGGCCAGCCUGAGACUGAAAGCGAAGCAGCACUCCAGCUUCGGCUACGCCAGCGUGCAGAACCCGGCGUCCAACCUGAGUGCUUGCCAGUACGCCGUGGACAGGCCAGUGUGAGCCCCGCCCACAGCACCGGGAUCCUAGGACCGUGCCGGAUGGGGCAAUGCUGCCCUUGAAAGACUGGGAAUUACGCUAGAAGGUCGUGGGCACUAAAGAAAAGGAGAGAAAGAGAAGAUAUAAAGAGAAAAGGAAACCACUGAAUUAAAGAGAGCUCCUUUGAUUUCAAAGGAAUUUCCUCAAUGUCUGACAUCUUUCACUAAAAGUAUUUCCAACAGUUGCAAGGACAUACACAAAUGUUUGACUGGAUAUGACAUUUUAACAUUACUAUAAGCUUGUUAUUUUUUAAGUUUAGCAUUGUUAACAUUAAAAUGACUGAAAGGAUGUAUAUAUAUCGAAAUGUCAAAUUAAUUUUAUAAAAAGCAGUUGUUAGUACUCUCACAACAGUGUUUUUAAAGGUUAGGCUUUAAAAUAAAGCAUGUUAUACAGAAGCGAUUAGGAUUUUUCGCUUGUGAGCAAAGGAAUGUAUAUACUAAAUGCCACACUGUAUGUUUCUAACAUAUUAUUAUUAUAAAAAUGUGUGAAUAUCAGUUUUAGAAUAGUUUCUCUGGUGGAUGCAAUGAUGUUUCUGAAACUGCUAUGUACAACCUACCCUGUGUAUAACAUUUCGUACAAUAUUAUUGUUUUACUUUUCAGCAAAUAUGAAAAAAAUGUGUUUUAUUUCAUGGGAGUAAAAUAUACUACGUACAAAUUGG